AUGGUAGUGAUGAAUACAGAUGCCACAGACAAAGACAUUUCUGGGCCUAAAGUCCCCUUCAUGUUGGUGAUCUCUGGAAUCCUGUGCGCCAUUGGUGUACUUGGGAAUGGCUUCAUCGUGGCCAUCUAUGGGAUUGAGUGGGUUAGGGACAAGAGACUCCCUUGUGGGGACUACCUUAUGUUCAUGCUGAGUUGUUCCAGGAUCUUUCUACAGAUUUGGGUGAUGCUGGACAUUACUUACAGUCAAGUAUUCCCAGUCAUUUAUAACCAAAAGACAGUGUUCAUAUUCUUCAAAAUCGUCAUGCUGUUUCUGAACUAUGCCAACCUCUGGUUUGGUGCCUGGCUCAACGUCUUCUAUUGUCUCAAAAUUGCAAACUUUACUCAGCCUUUGUUCCUUAUGAUGAAGAGGAGAAUCACGGUGCUGCUGCCUUGGCUUGUGAGUCUCUCCGUGCUGGUGUCCCUGGGCUUGACCUCUCUCUUCUGUAAAGACACCUUCAAUGCGUAUGUGAGUAUGUCCUUUCAUACCCCUUCCUCCAAUUCCACUAAGAACAAGUAUGUCUCUGAGACCAAUAUUGUCUACUUGGCUUUUUUCUAUUACUUGGGAAUCUUGGUUCCUCUGAUCAUGUUCAUCCUGGCAGCCACUCUGCUGAUCAUCUCUCUCAAGAGACACACCUUACACAUGAAAAGCAAUGCCACGGGCUCUAGGGACCCCAGCAUGGAGGCUCACUUGGGGGCCAUUAAAUCAACCAGCUUCUUUCUCAUCUUCUACAUCAUCAAUGCAGUCGUUCUGUUUAUUUCCAUGUCCAACAUCUUUAACACCUACAACUCUGGGAAUAUUUUGUGUAAAUGUAUCCUGGCUGCCUAUCCCGCUAGCCACUCAGUGCAACUGAUCUUGGGCAACCCUGGGCUGAGAAGAGCCUGGAGGCGGUUUCAGCACCAAAUUCAUCUUUACUUUAAAGGGUAG